AUGGUCAGGUUGACAACCUGGAAUGUUAAUGGGAUACGUAACCCGUUUUCGUAUCAUCCAUGGAGAGAGAAGCGGUCCUUCGAGGCGAUGUUCGAUGCCCUUGAAGCAGACAUAGUGAUCUUCCAAGAAACGAAAAUUCAAAGGAAAGAUUUGCAAGAUGACAUGGUCCUUGUUAAUGGCUGGGACUGUUUUUUCAGCCUACCCAAGUAUAAAAAGGGUUAUUCUGGAGUCGUGAUAUAUACCAGGAACUCCAUAUGCUGUCCCAUACGGGCGGAAGAAGGGAUUACGGGCAUUCUGUGCUUGCCAACAUCUGGGUCUAAUUUAUCGUCACCAACUUCGUUCCGCGACUUGCCAGAAGAAGCACAGAUCGGCGGCUACCCUACUGCUGAACAGCUGGCUCUUUCAGAUGUAGAUGCUGCCACGCUUGAUUCUGAGGGACGCUGUAUGAUUCUGGAGUUCCCAGCAUUUGUCUUGAUUGGUGUCUACUGUCCGGCGAACAGGGAUGAGACAAGAGACGGGUUUCGAACAGGGUUUGUGAAUGUGCUUGAUGCAAGAGUACGGAAUCUAGCCGCUAUGGGGAAACGCGUCAUCGUGACGGGAGACUUAAACAUCAGCGGCUCUCAAAUCGAUUCGGCCCGUGCUCUCGAAGGGGUAAGGAAAGGUACCCUGACAGAUUCGGAGUUUGUAUCUUCGCCCGUUCGUCGUAUCUUUAAUCAGUUGGUCGAUGGUGGGAAGGUUAUUGGUGACAGGGACCACGGAAGGGAAACGCCUGUCCUUGUGGAUUUAUGUAGAAAAUACCAUCCUGAUCGACUAGGUAUGUAUACUUGCUGGGAACAAAGAGUCAACGCUCGACCCGGCAAUUACGGUGCGCGGAUCGAUUAUGUUCUAUGCGACAGAAGUAUGCAAGACUGGUUUUCUGCAUCGAAUAUCCAGGAGGGUCUUAUGGGCUCCGAUCACUGUCCCGUUUAUGCCGAAUUGAAGGAUAAGGUGUCAUUGGACGGGAUUGAAGUCAACAUGCUCGACAUUCUCAACCCGAAGGGCACUUUCGAAAAUGGACAGCGGAAGCGGGAAUACUCCCCCGCAGAUACUCUUCCACUUUCCGGUAGAUUAAUACCUGAAUUUUGUCAGCGAAGAAGCAUUAAAGAUAUGUUAUUUCAACAGAGGUCACAAAAUGGUUACCAGGGUAGUGGAAACGCUGCUGGCGGUGUAGGUAUCCCCAUUUCUGCCCAGAAAGCCUCCUCGGACAUCAGCCUUUCGGCAAUAGGGAGGUCGAAUAUACCUUCCCCGUCUUCUACUCCGAUAGCAACAUCAGCAGAGCCAAACACUCCGAAGCGGCCUCAGAAAGCGGAUGAUGGGACAACCUCACGACCCAAACGUUUGAAACGGAGUGAGUCGUCGACAACUACUACGAAGGCGAAGGGGCAGAAAACCUUGAAAGGUUUCUUUGGCCCGAAAACAACUUCUUGUACUACAGUUGCUUCUGCAGAUGAUGAAAAUGAUCACUCUAAGUCGUCGGCUACGGCAGAAGGUGGCAGUCCACAAAAAGGAACCGCAAUAAAACCUCCAUGUCCAUCAGGAGAUUGCUGUGACCAUCAAGAAAACGGAUGUCAACAAUCACAGACGGCUGGCCCACCGGCAUACGACAGAGAUGAUGAUAAUUCCGGUAGAGUGCAUGAUCCAAUUGCCAACAAGGAAUCAUGGUCAAAGCUCUUCACGAAAAAGCCUCCACCGAAAUGUGAUGGCCACGAUGAACCUUGCAUCAGCCUUGUGACAAAAAAAGCGGGAAUCAACCGCGGCCGAUCCUUUUGGAUAUGUUCGCGGCCUUUGGGACCUACGGGUAUUAAGAAAACAGGGGAUCAGUGGCGGUGCGAUACCUUUAUAUGGUCGAGUGAUUGGAAUGGAAGUGGGUGA